AUGGAAACCACAACACAACAGGAAAUCCUUAGGCGAAAGAGAAAAAAUACAUGCACUGAGUGUGGGCAAAACUUCAUUCACAGAUCAAGCCUUUCUGUUCAUCUGAGAAUCCACACAGGGGAGAGGCCCUACAAAUGCCCUGAGUGUGGGAAAACCUUCAAUCGCAGUUCGCACCUUAUUAGUCAUCAAACAAUCCACAGAGGGGAAAGACCCUACGAAUGCAGUGAGUGCGGGAAAACCUUCAAUCGCAGCUCAAACCUUAUUAGCCAUCAAAGAAUUCACACGGGGGAGAGGCCGUAUAAAUGCUGUGAGUGUGGAAAAUGCUUCACUAAGAGUUCAGCCCUUUCUCAACAUCAGAGAAUCCACACGGGGGAGAAGCCCUAUGAAUGCCGUGAGUGUGGGAAAACCUUCACUAACAGCUCACACCUUUCUAGACAUCAGAGAAUCCACACAGGGGACAGGUCCUACGAAUGCAGUGACUGUGGGAAAAGCUUCACUCAAAGAUCAUCCCUUUCUGUUCACCAGAGAAUCCACACAGAUGAGAGGCCCUAUGAGUGCAGAGAGUGUGGGAAAAGCUUCACUCAAAGAUCACCCCUUUCUGUUCAUCAGAGAAUCCACACGGGGGAAAGGCCCUAUGAAUGCAGAGUGUGUGGGAAAAGCUUCACUCAAAGAUCAGCCCUUUCUGUUCAUCAGAGAAUCCACACAGAUGAGAGGCCCUAUGAAUGCAGUGAGUGCGGGAAAAGCUUCACUGACAGCUCAGCCCUUUCUAAACAUCAGAGGAUCCACACAGGGGAAAGACCCUACGAAUGCCGUGAGUGUGGGAAAAGCUUCACUCAAAUAUCAGUCCUUUCUGUUCAUCAGAGAAUCCACACAGGGGAAAGACCCUACGAAUGCCAUGAGUGUUGUAAAACCUUCAGUCGCAGCUCGCACCUUAUUCGUCAUCAAACAAUCCACAGAGGGGAAAGACCCUACGAAUGCAGUGAGUGCUGGAAAACCUUCAAUCGCAGCUCGCACCGUAUUAGCCAUCAAAGAAUUCACACGGGGGAGAGGCCCUAUGAAUGCCAUGAGUGUGGGAAAACCUUCUCUUGGCACUCAGCCCAUGUUAGCCAUCAGAGAUCACACACUGGAGAGAAACCCUACAUGUGCUCUGAGUAUGGGAAAUGUUUCAAUCAAAGCUCUGCCCUUAUCACACAUCGGAGAAUCCACACAGUUGGCAACCUCCCAGCCUUUCUAUUAGAUUGGGAUGUAACAGUGUGGCUCGAUGAGGGUGUGAACACCUCUGAAAUCUACAAGGGGAAGAUGCUAGGAAGAAGAGUUCCCCAAAUCGUAAUAGCCUUAAAACCCUGCCCUAUGGAAUGACUGAACGCAUGCGCCUCACCUGUGCAAGCAUCGCAAGGAAUUGAGUGGUCAGAUACGUAUUGUUCAGCGAGAGCUGUUUGAAUUCUUUUACUAAUGUGUCUCUUAAGGUCUGUAUGUGUUUUAGGGCGAGAGGGCGAGGAGAAGUAUUAGCUACAUAAUAGUGAAAUCUAAGGAGAAAACUGUAAUUAGCUUUGAGGUUGUGGGCUAAAUGUAAGCAAUGAUUAGGUUUCGGCAUUGAAAUAUUCAGCUGGCUAAAUCUGGGUUUCACUGCCUGGGUGAGAAAUCUCUGGGGUUUCAGCAUCACUGAAUGCGCACCUGCCUUCUUGGGUUGCUCUUUCAGGAU